AUGGCGGCCAAGCGCAAGGCCUCGGCGAUCGGCGCCGUGGAUGACGAGCCCGUGGACCCGUCGGAUGAGCUGGCGUUCUAUUGCCUGGGCGGAGGCAAUGAGGUUGGCCGGUCAUGCCAUAUCAUUCAGUACAAGGGCAAGACGGUGAUGCUCGACGCCGGUAUGCAUCCCGCCAAAGAGGGAUUCUCGGCCCUCCCCUUCUUCGACGAGUUCGAUCUCAGCACGGUGGAUAUUCUUCUGAUCAGCCAUUUCCACGUCGACCACUCCUCCGCUCUCCCCUACGUCCUUAGCAAAACCAACUUCAAAGGCCGUGUCUUUAUGACACAUGCCACGAAAGCUAUCUACAAAUGGCUUAUCCAAGACAACGUUCGGGUCAGCAACACAUCAUCCAGCUCGGAUCAGCGCACAAAUUUAUACACCGAACGAGACCACCUCUCUACACUCCCUCUCAUCGAAACCAUCGACUUCAACACCACCCACACCAUCAACAGCAUCCGCAUCACGCCAUUCCCCGCCGGCCAUGUCCUCGGCGCCGCCAUGUUCCUGGUCUCGAUCGCCGGCUUGAACAUCCUGUUCACUGGCGACUACUCUCGCGAGGAGGACCGGCACUUGAUUCCGGCUGAGGUGCCCAAGGGGAUCAAGAUUGAUGUUCUCAUCACAGAAUCCACAUUCGGCAUUUCAUCAAACCCGCCUCGGUUGGAACGUGAAGCGGCGCUGAUGAAGUCUAUCACGGGCGUUUUAAACCGCGGUGGUCGGGUUCUGAUGCCAGUGUUUGCCCUCGGACGCGCGCAGGAACUGCUUCUUAUUCUCGACGAAUAUUGGGAGCGGCACCCGGAAUUGCAGAAAAUCCCCAUUUAUUAUAUCGGCAACAUGGCCCGACGAUGCAUGGUCGUCUACCAGACCUAUAUCGGCGCCAUGAACGACAACAUUAAACGCUUAUUCAGGCUCCGGAUGGCCGAGGCCGAGGCUUCUGGCGAUAAGAGCGUGAGCGUGGGGCCAUGGGAUUUCCGAUUCGUCCGAAGUCUGCGAAGCCUGGACCGAUUCGACGAUGUUGGGGGCUGUGUAAUGCUGGCGUCGCCGGGUAUGCUGCAAUCGGGCACGAGUCGUGAAUUGCUCGAGCGCUGGGCUCCCAGUGACCGGAACGGUGUGGUCAUGACCGGCUACAGUGUGGAAGGCACCAUGGCAAAGCAAUUGCUCAAUGAGCCCGAUCAGAUUCCCGCCGUGAUGUCUAAAGUGGCCACUGGCCAUGGACGCGGCCGGGUCCCCGGAGGCAAUGACGAGGAGCAGAAAGUGAUGAUCCCACGCCGAUGCACGAUUGAUGAGGUUAGUUUCGCAGCUCAUGUUGACGGCGUUGAGAACCGGAACUUUAUCGAAGAGGUCGCUGCGCCAGUAGUGAUUCUUGUUCACGGAGAAAAGCACCAAAUGAUGAGACUCAAGUCGAAACUGCUUAGCCUUAACGCAGACAAGACAGUCAAAGUCAAAGUAUACACGCCUGCCAACUGCGACGAGGUCCGCAUCCCCUUCAAGAAAGACAAGAUUGCCAAGGUCGUCGGGAAGCUGGCACAGAUUGCUCCCCCCACAGAAGAAAGUGAUAGCCAGCUCAUGGCAGGUGUCUUGGUUCAAAAUGGAUUUGAUCUAAGCCUCGUUGCUCCGGAGGACCUCCAAGAGUAUGCCGGUCUCACCACGACAACCAUCACAUGCAAGCAACACAUCACGCUCAGCUCCGCCAGCAUGGAUCUGAUUCGCUGGGCUCUGGAGGGUACCUUUGGCGCGAUUGAGGAGGUCGGAAACCAGGUUAAGAAAGCCGAUAGCGACUCGGAAGGCUCUCACCCAAAAUCGGAGGCUGCCGAUGAGGAAAUUCCGAUGGAAUCAACACAGACUUUCCUUGUUAUGGGCUGUGUCAUUCUCCGCCACCACCCACGAACCCGCGAGGUUGAACUGGAAUGGGAAGGGAACAUGAUGAACGACGGUGUCGCCGACGCUGUCAUGGCUGUUCUUCUUACCGUCGAGAGCAGUCCAGCCUCGGUGAAACAAUCCGCAAAGGACAAGCAUCACCACCACCAUCAUGGCGAUGAUGACAUCGCCGCUCUCCCGAACCCCCAUUCCCAAGUCUCAGCCGACGAACGACUGACGCGCCUUCUGAUGAUGCUGGAAGCGCAAUUCGGCUCUAACAUUGCCCCCAUCGAACGCCCAAGAGUCCCGACCGAGCUCGUCAACGGUAAACUAGAAAAUGGCGACACAGACAAAACGACCGAUCCCGAGCGCGUGGCUGAUAUCGAGUCUGCAGAACUUGACCGACUUCAUGCUUUAGGUAUUCCCGUCCCCGGUCUUGAGAUCCGAGUUGACCAACACGUGGCACGUGUUUGGCUUGAGAACCUGGAGGUGGAAUGCACCAAUGCUAUUCUGCGGGAUCGUGUGCGCGUCGUUGUCGAGCGGGCUGUAGAGACCGUUGCGGGGCUGUGGGCUGAGGACUCCAUGCCCCGGGAGGUGACGGCACCCAAUGGCUCUGCUGAGGAGCAGAUGGAGGUCGACGUGAAACAGGUGGCUGCCAUUGAGGCUUAG